AUGAAAAGCCCAUGGAAUAGCGUACUACCACAACACUACGUUGAUAAAUGGAACGAAAUUCACACGAAGAUCAACGAUACUACCAUUUCGCUCCCCCGUAAUAUCGGAAGAGGAAAUGAAAAAACGGGAAAAUCCACCCUAUGGAUUUUCGCCGACGCUAGCCAACUCGCCACCGUAUUUUGCGCUUAUGUGACCCACCUUCCAAAUCAUCACACAGAUGGACUCUUAUGCGCGAAAGCCAGACUGGCUCCACUCAAAAGGAAGCUAUCGAUCCCGCGACUCGAACUCAUCGCAAUAUUGAUAUCCUUGCGGCUAGCAAAAACAAUAUUGCACUCGCUUCACAUCGUGAAUGACAGUGAAAUUGCACUCGCAUGGCUACAGUUAUCACGGAAACUCCUCGUUUUCGUAUCAAUUCAAGUCGAUCGUAUACACAAGUUAACUCGCCAAAUUCAAGAGCUCAGCAUCACUCUGAACUUCAAAUACAUAAAAUCAGCCCAUAACCCAGCCGACAUCGCCACUCGACCGACAGACAAAGAACAGUUUCGAACCAGCGAUUGGCUAACAGGACCACAGUGGCUCCAAAUACCUGAACCGCAAUGA